AUGGAGUUCACCUACGAACCCGAACUUACACAGCCGGGGCCAGCCACCAGCUCCACCACCACGGAUGGCUGGAAAGGAUACGAGCUGAUCAACGAACAUGUUCGUCACGAUCUGGGUUUCAUCUCCGAUCGCAUGUUCGUCCCCUUUAGUGGAGCUGUCUUGGCGUACGCCGUACUGACUAGAGAUGAGUUCAAUUCGGGGGAACUUGCAGACAUUAUUCUUCGAUGA